CUUUGAGAUAAUCAAGAAAAUAUAACUAGUUCAGUCCCUGUUCCAGAACCAGGCAUCAAGAUAAAUAACCCAGCCGCAUAAAAAGUCAAGUCUUGGCUCAACUAACCUGAAGACCGGAGACCAGCCGAGCGUGGGGUUGAGGCCCUUGGCACAUCUGACCGACAGCGCAUAUUAUCAAGAAGAAAGGCUGCAGAUACUCUCUGAAACCGCUGCUGCUGCUUGAUUCCCUUGUUGGAUGUCUAAGACAGCGCCGUGUGGGCUGAGUAACGACACUAUGGCCGGUGAUCCUGGACAUUUUAUGUCGAGCAAUAGUACUAUAUUGGUGCCUGAGGCGGCAGCUUCUCUCAACCAUCAGCGCUAAACUCUUCCAUCCCCUCUCAAACUUGGGCAUUCAACUAUCAUUAAAUCCGUAGAAUUUAUACGUCGGACACAUCAAUGACUCCCGAUACGAGCUCGGAUGCGACCACACCGCAGGUCCCCAUGGUAAAGACUUGCCACAAUUGUGCUCGUGGCAAGAUACGUUGUGUUCGAUCCGCAGAUGGCGGAAGUUGCCAACGAUGUCAACGUUUAGGAAAAGAAUGUGUCUUUCGUCAAGCACGCUCCAAGUCUGAUGGGAGUCGGCGCAACAAGAGAAUUGAUAUUCUUGAAGAGAAGGUUGACCGGCUCCUGGCUAGAUCAGAGUCGGCUACAUUCAAACGACGGAUUGAUCAUAGCCAAACAUAUUCGAGCACAUCGCGGAGCGAAGCGUCUGAGAGCCCCAGCGCAAAUGAAGAUGUUAUUGACAAAGGCAUUCUGUCCGUGGAGGCAGCAAAUGCUCUAAUCGACACGUACAAAGCAACAAUGAUGCCAAAUUUGCCGUUUGUUAUCAUUCCUUCAGGUCUGAGCACCGAGGAAAUACGUCGAACGAGACCAGUAGUAUUCCUUACAGUCCUCACAGCUGCCCUGUACGAUAACAUGCCUUUGCAGCGUGUGCUAGAAGAGCAAGUAAAAGUUGCCAUUAGCGACCGCAUGGUAUUUAAGGGAGAGAUCUCCUUCGAUUUACUCCAGGGUCUUCUGAUAUACAUUGCAUGGAGCCAAUAUCAUUCGCGUCCUCGCCGAUUUUCACAGUAUCUGCAUUUGGCAACCAGCAUCAUUGUCGACCGUCGACUGGACAGAGCUCCCGGCAUGCGGUCGCGGCAAACGAGGGUUGGCAUAGCUGAUAACAACUCAAACCCAGUGUGUUGGGGCCAGGAUGAGCAGAGAGCCGUUAUUGGAUGCUAUUACUUUUCGUCAAGCAUAUCGCGAAUUCUCCAAAAGCUAUCAACCUUUCCACACACGCCAUACAUUGAAGAUUGCUGUCAGUCGCUUGCUGCAAGCUCACUCAGUCCGUCAGACUCACAAUUGCCUCAUAUCAUACACCUUCAGCGACUUUUCGAAAGUAUUGAUCACCUGUCGCCUCAGAAUGCACCAGAACUGCAUUGUACGGAUGCCGUCUUUGAACCCCAUUUUCGCAAGAUGAAAGGGGAGCUAGAUCAGUUUAGAGCCGAUUCCCUCACUGCCUUUGCGCGCAAUCAGUUUAUCACGAUGCAGUUCCACACAGCAGAGCUAUACCUUUGCCAGAUCACCCUCUUUGACCGGAAAACAUUGAAUGACUCGAUGUUCUGGUCGUCGCUCCGCGUCGAAGCUCUAUCAAUGGGACUCGUGGCAGCCAGACAAUUCUUUCAAUUCUAUCUCGCGCUCCCGUUGCGUGCAGAGACCGUGUUCAAUAACACGCAGUGGGUACAAGGCGGAUUUUGCUUGACACUAGCUGCAAAGCUCUCUGUCGCCGCGUCGGAUUCCUCGAUCGACCGCCAAGUAGCAAAACUUAGAGACGCGUUAGACGUGUCUCUGAUACUCCAACAGGUUAUCCUACGCGUCCAAGCGUUAGUCACACCCCUGGUGGACGCACGAGGCGACAGAGAUGUAUUUUAUCACUAUGAAAAUCGCCUUAAGCGCUUGCAGUGGUGGUACGAAACUCAGAUGACGCAGAUCCCCGUCCAGCGCCAACCUCAUGCUUCUCAAACAGCAAUGGCAUAUAACCCUAAUACCACCGCGGGGCCGUCUCCAGUUCCGGCAGAGGAUUUGCAUGCGCAGUGGCCUAGCAUGUUGCCUGAUGCAACCAUUGAUGAUCUAUUCAAGGAGUGGAAUUCCGAUGUAGGCAUUUAUUUUGGCGUUUCUUAAAAUCCGGAUGCCAUGAUGUGGAACGUGCCUCCUCCUACCGUUGAUCGCUAGUGGACUGAGAGUGUUACCUUAACGGACUGGCAAGAGCGAUGUUCCAAUCCCGAUACCACAUUCAAUGAAGUAUCUCUAUUUUGACAUUGACACGGUUAACAACCGCUUUUUAACCUGGAGUAUAAAUUCAUUGUCUUCCUAGACCGGACGGCACUCAAUCAGGACGAGGAAGAUCUCUUCUCUAGUGUAACUUAGGCUUUGCAGCCUUUACCUAUCACGCUGAGAACAGAGCGCACCCGAAUGCCAAGCCAGCAGCUUGGUCAAAUUACAACCUCGUGGGAAGGGAACCGAAGCUCCCAAGCGUGUGUAGCACAAGCUCACUACAUACUAGCUAAGGUCGAUAAGGAUAGACGGGGAACGCGAGAGUGUGCUGCGUAUAUCCUUUAAUUAGAGUCCGUUUAUUUUAAACUGCA